AUUGUGGAAAAACAUGCGCUGAUCUAGCGUUUCCAUGCUCAUGUCUUGAGUCAGCUUUGCGCAUAUAUAGCCGUGGUAAUCGAAAAUAUGAACAGAAAAAUGUAACACCCACUCCUACGGGUUUUGGUCAUUUCACUUUGGCGAUUCAGACUACUUGGUGCAGGUAGGUUUUUGGGUUCCGCUGCGCAGAUAUUGAAGAUGGCGCCGUUCGACGAAAAUUGCGAGAUUUUGAAAUCGGACCAAUUGGGAAGAUUUUUGGUGGCGAAGCGUGACCUGGUCGCGGGACAACUGGUACUGACCGAGCAACCGCUCGUCGUUGGACCCUAUUGGGAUUCUGAUAUUUGUUGUUUGAACUGUUUUCGAAACUCGUGUACCAUAUGCAGGCAAUGUCGCAGGGCACCUUUAUGCUACGACUGUAUAGGUCACAACGAAUCAGAGUGCAACUUUUACCGCAAGUCCAAUUUAGACAUCAACUUCCUUUUCAAUCAUUUCAACGUGGUGACGGCUGUUCGCUGCUUGUUACUUUUUGGAACUAACCGUGCGAAAUACGAUGAGAUGCUAAACAUGGAGGCGCACUUAGAGGAAAGGAAAGCGUCAGAAAUAUGGGACAUACUUGAGAAGUACGUGGUGCGGCCUUUGUUGGACAACGAGGCAUUUGAAAAGAAUGCUGAUGGUUUAGAAGUGACCGGAGAGUUGAUCCAGCGAAUCUGCGGCAUUCUGGAUGUGAAUGCAUUUGAAAUAAGAGGUAGCGAAGAGCAGCAGCAUGGUGUAAUUAAUCUAGCCCGUGGUCUGUAUCCAAAGACAGCGCUGAUGACGCAUAAUUGCGUGACUAAUACCUUGAUUUCGGUUGAUGGACAGAGCUGUGUUCGAUUGUAUACCACUGUUCCAGUUCGGAAGGGAGAACUGAUAUACUACAACUACACCAGAUGUUUGUUUGGAACCUUCGAGCGUCGGGCUCAUCUGCGUAAAGGAAAGUAUUUCAUCUGUUCGUGCAUGCGCUGUGAAGACCCCACUGAACUGGGAACUCAUCUAAGUUCGGUCACAUGCACAGAAUGUAAGGAGGGCCUCUGCUCAUACAAUUCAAAAGAAUCGAAAUGGGAAUGCAACAAAUGCAGCAAUCAGCUGAAUCGAGACUAUGUAAAGAUGGUGUUUACAUCUGCGAGGAACGACGCAAUGGCUUGUUCUUUCGACAUCGAUGAUUUGGAGAGAGUAAUCACGAAACACUCAACUACACUUAACCCACGCAACUCUCUAGUUCUGGAAGUGAAGCAAACCUUGGCCGGAGAACUACGCAGCAUCUGCCAAUCGGCACACUCUUCCAACGUUCCACAAAAGAUACUUGAACGAAAACUUGAACUGUGCGCGGAAAUGCUGCAAAUUCUUCGGGUACUGGAACCGGGUAUUUCUCGACUGAGUGGAAUUGCGCUCUACGAGUACAAUACUGCUCUAUGGGAUCUUUGCAGAAGGAAGUUCGAAACAAAAGAAAUCAAGGCUGCCGAGCUGUUGGAUAACCUCGUCAACGCUGAAAUCGGUCUUAAAGAAUCAAUCCGCAUGUCGUUAUUCGAACAUCCAGCCACUCCAGAAGGUCAACUCAGUAAACGAGCCAUGUUCGAACUAAAGGAAUUGCGAGGAGAAAUCACUCAAGUGAGAGCUAUGGUCGAAGGAAAAUCUAAACCAGGGACGUCCAGCGAAAUGAAAUCAAACGUUGCACAUUAGGUAAGAUUGUUUUUAUCUCAGAAAAAUA